AUGGCUGUACGAUUGCGCGUGAUCACUCUGAACUGUUGGGCUUUACCUCAACCGUGGCCGAUCGGAAGUAGCGAUCGACAGUACCGAUUAGAGAAAUUAUGUGAAGCGUUAGUGAGCACCGAGUACGAUGUUAUUUCACUACAAGAGGUCAGCGAUUGUGAUUUCAAUUUGCAACCGGAAGAUCUCGGCUAUCGUCUUAUCGUCGACAACGCUGAUCUCACCGACGCUUGGCUCGUUCGACCGAAUGAGAACGAUUGUGGAACUGGGAUGACUUGUGAUAGACCCGACAAUUGCUAUACACCGUCGGGAUUGAAACAGCCAAAUCCCGAUGGAAAACGUCUUGAUUAUAUUAUGUUCAAAAGUGGUAAAUCGGAUAUUGACUUGGAAUUUUGCGAGAAUCGUCUUGAUCGGAUACCUGGCGAUAAACCGGUCAACUACAGUGAUCAUCUGGGGGUGUAUGCUGAAUUUAAAAUACAUCAUCAACAUGAAAAGGUUCCUCAGAUUUAUUGUUCAGUUGGCGAGAAAAAAGAGAAUGCAAAUGAUUGCUAUCAAAAUUCGAAUAAAACGAGUGAAUCGACUGAAGGAUUAAUAGCGAAUGGAUUUAUCGAAGGUCGCUGUCAUGAAAAGGAAAAACAAGAACACUGGAUCACAUCCACAUUGCUUUUGAAAGAAUCAAUACGUAUUGCUGGAGAGGGUGAGAAGCGUGCACGUUGGGAUAGACGUUUAUUUUUGGGUGUUUGCCUCGUGCUGUUCGCGGUGCUUGUCGCAACAAUCAACGUCGAAAUUUACAUCCCAGAUUGGAGUGCAUUAGUUGGAAACUCUGCUGGCAUAGUAGGUGGUGGUGAAUUUGAUAGAGAUGGAUCAAAUUUACAGGCGACAGCAUUCCGAUUUUUGUUAACGCUCGUGAUUGGUUUCUGUCUGUGGUAUGGGAUAAUUGGCUUGACGAUGGAACUCAAAGCUCUUAAAGCUGCUAAAUCAUCGAUGGCGAUGUUGUUGAACGAUUAA